UGCGAUUUCAUGUUAUACAUGAAGAAACAUGGAAGAAGUAGAUCCUAGUUGCAACCCAGUGCAACCGCUAUUAGAGGGAGGCUCAGGUGGAACUGCGACCACUGGAGAGAAGCAGAAAGAUGCCAUGGUGGACCUACAGCCAGGUCAGGAGGAUUACAGCAACUAUGACAUCGUCAGGGCGGUCCAGUUUGGGAUCAUGGCGCGGGUCUAUGAACUGGUGGAGGGUGGACUUAAUGUCAAUGAGAUGGACAGAGAGAAUGUCAGUAUACUUCACUGGGCUGCUAUUAACAACAGAUUAGAUAUUGUCAAAUACCUGGUUGGAAAGGGUGCAGUAGUAGAUAGAUUUGGUGGUGACCUUGACUCCACUCCUUUGCAUUGGGCAACAAGACAGGGUCAUUUAACUAUGGUUGUUCUCCUUUUGGGAUUUGGGGCAGAUCCAACUCUAAGAGAUGGACAGGGAUUUAGCUGUAUCCAUUUAGCCAGCCAGUUUGGACACACUGCUAUUGUAGCAUAUCUGAUUGCUAAAGGUGGAGAUGUGGAUAUGGUGGAUAGGAAUGGAAUGACUCCACUUAUGUACUCUGCUUAUCGUGUGUUUGGGUAUGACCCGACCCGCCUCUUGAUCACUAUGGGGGCAGGGAUCAACAAACAGGACAAGGUCAACGGGAACACCCCCCUCCACCUGGCUUGUCAGACGGGCAACACCUGUGUAGUCAAAAUGCUGUUUGAUAAAAAGGCCGACCUCGAUAUACUUAAUGCAAAGGGCCAGACAGCCAUGGACGCGGCAGCUGAGUUCAAACAUGCCAACAUUGUGAAGCGGAUGAAACAGGAGCGGGCAGACAGGGGUCUGGACCAUACAAACUUUGUCAGCAAGUUUACCGGAAACAAAGACACGAGGACGAGAGUGAUGUGGUGGUUUCCUUUCUUCGCUGUGUAUGCUAUUGGCAUCAUUCCUGAACUCUCUAUUCCAUGGUACUAUAAACUUAUCCUAGCCCUCCUCAGUGCAGGAAUCUGGAAAUUUCUUCAAAUGUUUUUCUUUGAUGAGAGACUUAUGAACAUUGUGCCUGUGUCCGUCUAUUUAAGUUCAAAAUUGAUGAUGUAUAUCACAUGGUUCCUUUAUCUUCUUCCAUAUGUAGAAAUGACAUGGACAAAGUCAGUUUUGUUUUGGUUGAACACAGUUCUGUUGUGUUACAACUUCUACAUGGCGUGGCAGACAGACCCUGGCUUCAUUAAGUCCAACAGAGAACAAAAGUUACAGACAAUCAUAGAUUUAGCAGAGAAGCAGACUUUGACCUUGAAUCAGUUUUGUAGCACUUGUCUGAUUCAUCGUCCAAUCAGAUCAAAGCAUUGUUCAGCCUGUGAUAAAUGUGUGGCAAAAUUCGACCACCAUUGUCCCUGGACGGACAAUUGCAUUGGUGCAUACAACCAUAAAUACUUCAUUGGAUUCCUUAUAUUUCUCCUGUGUAUGUUGUCAUGGUGUGUUCAUGGAACCUUUGCUUACUGGAGGGCCAAUUGUCCGUUUGACAUAUAUGAGGAUGGCAUUACUGGAAUCCUGUACAAAGUCCUCAAAACCUCGCCCUGGGUGUUCUGGGUGGGUGCCAAUGCCAUGGUCCACAUCGUGUGGGUCACAGUGCUGCUGUCCUGUCAACUGUAUCAGGUUGUUUGGCUGGGGAUGACCACCAAUGAGAGAAUGAACCACGGCAGGUACACUUACUUAUCAGGAAACUACCCUCAGUCGCAUGGCCAUGGACACAGUCAUGGAGAUGAUAAGGAGUGCAAGCACAAAGUCAAGAACCCGUUUGAUCGAGGACCAAUAAGAAACCUUAUUGACAUCUUGGACCUCCAGUUUUGUGGCUUGCUUCGCCCAAAUAGAAUUGAUUGGAUGAAUCUCUACUCCCUUCCUGGACAUAAAACACCUUCUUUAGGAAAAAUGAACUUUGGAGUCUCAAGAGAAAACUACCAGUUUGUUUGAUGCAAUUAGGUUUUAAAUAUGCUUAGUUUCAAUGGAUAUUAUUUUCACCAUCAUAUCAGUGAUUUGUUUUGUUCAUUCAUUCCUGGUUUUUAUUGAUGUUGAAAGAGAUUUUUUACACUCACUUGUUCAUUGUUUUUUAGAUUAUUUAUUAGAGUAUUUCAUUCUGAUUAGUUUACAUGCACAUAAUAAAUACCAAUUAUAAGGGAAAAACCAAACAAUAGAAAGCCAAAAUGUUGUUAGUAUGAAAAUAUUUGUCAGCUUUUUUUAAUUCCUUGAAUCCAUAUACAUGUAUAUGAACAUAGCAUGUGAGUAUUAGUCAGUAUGCAUGUGCAUUUUAGUUUUAAAGUGAAACUGUUUGGUUUUUUUGUUGCAUUAAUACAUGUGUAUAUAUAGCUGAAAUUACACCCUUGUAUAAAUUCAACAUUGAAAGAAGC